AUGAUCUUUGAUAUCGGUCAAUACAUUUUACUACCACAAUUCAGAAAUGUCAACACAAAAAAAAAUACUGGAGAAGAUUUCUGUGAAAUGAUACUUAAAGGGUUCUGGGGAAUAUAUGUAGUAAACAUUUGGUGUAAACGUGUACUGUGGCAUUGGCCUCUUGGAGUAACACAGAAUGCAAGCUUCUUAGACCUUAAAAAGCACAACCAAAAAGCAAAAAGCAAGAGCAACAAACGGGUUAUGUCGACAGAGCACCAACGAGACCAACGAGACCAUCAAGCUCCCCCAAUCAUGCAAUAUCGUAACAACCACAUAUUCAACCACCGGGGUAGCCAAAGUCCUCAAUCUUCAAACAAUGAUAAUGAGAGCCAAGACAAGAUGAAUGACUAUAUGGAUCUCAACACUGACGAAGCAGAGGCAGGUUCUAUCCUCAUUGCACUAGCCAACCACUCUAGUCAUUCGGGAGGAUAUGCAGAAAACUACAAGAUACGUUCUGUAUACAACCACACUCAGAAAAUAAAGCAGGAGGAACAGCCACAGAUAUAUAAUGAAAUAUCCGUUAGUGGUAAUUCGAUGUCUAUUCGUAACUUGCUCGGUGAUGAAGACCGAAAACCCCUGGCUUUAACCUCCAAUUUUGAAAGGGAAGAGAAUGAUAAGCAUAGAAUGAUCAUGUCUCCUGCUCUACCUGUCCACCAAGGCAUGGCUGACGAUUCUUACAAUAAUGCAAUGCGCGACGACAGUGACAGGGUCCAGAGUACGCACCGAUACCGUCCUACGACCCCUGCAUAUAUGGAUGUAGCUCAGCACAAUAGUCGAGCAGCAGAUGGCAAUCGCGUGGCUCUUGAUUAUCAUGGACCCACAUCAGAAUACCACAGAAAUCUGGAGAAUAAUAAUUCCCAGUACCCACAAGACAUGCGUGGUACAGUUGUCAAUGGAAGAACAAUGCAACCACCACCACCACCAACACAACAACAACAGCAGCAGCAGCACAUCUCAAGUAUUCACCAGUAUUCUACAUGGCAAACUGGAUCGACUGAUCAAUAUUCCAGACCACCAAAAGUACACACUAAUAGACGCGCUUCAGUACCGUGUGUGAAGCGUGUGAAGCGUGUAUCCGCGUAUGCGUCUAUACGUGCUUGUGAGUUUACUCAUCAUCUUACUUUAAUGCAGCCCAAUGCACGCGUCGAGCCGUCAAAUGGCUAUUCGCAGCAGUUUGUUAACAUGAGGCAAAAUCCGCGAGCUAGAAGAAACGCCCUUCAUGCCUACAUCAGUUAUAUGACCUACACUGACUUGUCCCGAAGGCGACCUAAGGCUCACAAGCAGCAGGCGGUAGAAAUGGCAUCUUCUUAUCCAUCAGGAUUUCAGCCUACUUUUGGAUACAAUGCUCCUGCGCAGGAUCCUCAAAACAGGCAAAGUUGGCAUGCAUACUCUCAGCAAUCAAAUGGACCAAAGCAGACGGUUGUGCAUGCAGCUGAAAAGGUAAUAUAG